GGAGCUCGCGCUGCCUAGGUUGGUUUGCUUUUGCUUUUGCUUUGGUUUGCUUUGGUUGAGUUGCGCUGCUAACAUUUGGAUCUGCUCUUAAGCUACCACACCCGCUCCUCAUCCUCCACAAAAAAAAACUCUUCUUCUUCAUAUAUCUCAUCUCUCUCUCUCUCUCAAGCCAGUACACUUGAGAUUUCUUCCAAUCCUCUUCUUAUAUACCCGAGAUUCUCUUCACAAGAUAAUUUCAACACAAUCACAGCCAUGUCUACCAGCGAUAUGCAGGACGCCAACCUCCAGGAGGCCCUCGUCACCUACGAGAAGCUCCAGGACAUCGAGGAUGAUAUGGAUGAGGUCGAAGUCGAGAUCCUCCGCCAGCAGGACAAGCUCUGCAAGGACAUCUACGCCAAGCGCGCCGAGGUCAUCACCAAGAUCCCCCAGUUCUGGCCCCUCGUCAUCGAGCAGGCUCCCCCGGACGUCGACGAGUACAUCCAGCCGUCCGACUCGGCCCUGCUCCUCAACUCCCUCACCAACCUGACGGUCGAGCGCUUCGAGCUGCCCCAGGGCGACCCCCGCAGCGUCUCCAUCAAGUGGGAGUUCAAGGAGAACGAGUACUUUGAGAACAAGGUCCUCGAGAAGAAGUUCUGGUGGCGCCGCGCCCGCGAUGGCUGGGCCGGCCUCGUCAGCGAGCCCGUCGACAUCAAGUGGAAGGACGGCAAGGAUCUGACUGGCGGCAUGCUCGGCCUCGUCCAGAAGGUCUGGGAGGAGGAGAAGGCCGGCAAGGAGGGCGAGACUGAGGCCGCCAAGAAGCUCAAGCAGCUCAUGGAGGACACUGGCCUCGGCGGUGUCAGCUUCUUCGCCUGGUUCGGUUUCCGCGGUCGCAAAAUCUCCGCCGAGGAGGACAAGGAGGCCUUCCAGAAGGAGCAGGAGCGCCGCGCUGCCCGCAAGACCGGCAAGGAGACCGAGGAGGACGCCAUGGACUCGGACUCGGAUGACGAUGAUGAGGACGAGUACGAGAUGGAGAUCUUCCCCACUGCCGACGACCUCGCCGUGUGCAUCGCCGAGGACCUGUGGCCCGGUGCCAUCAAGUACUUCACCAACGCUCAGGAGCAGGACGACAUGAGCGACAUCGACUUCGAGUCUGAUGAGGAGAUGGGAGACGACGACGAGGAGGCUGAGGGCAGCAAGGAUGCUCCCGCCACCAAGAAGCGCAAGGCCUAAACGAUUUCGGCUUUUGCGAUUUCUCAACACACAUAUAAGACCCCUUCCCUUUGUCACACCCCCCAAAAAUGGAUAGACGCCAGGAGAGAGGGAAGAAGCCACCUAGGAGGUUACGAGAUAGACGAUAGACGUAUAUAGAUCUGAUCAUUCAUUUAUUCAUACCCCCUUGA